AUGGACUUGCUAGUUCCUGCAUCCAGUCAGGCGCAGACCAGAAAAAUCCCUCUCGUCUGCGGAAUAUGUCCACACCAGCCCACCUUCUGUGACUUGUCUCAUCUGCUCACCCACAUCAGCAGCAAGGCUCAUUUAUCAACCUACUACAAACUCAAAGUCCGUUCAGGUUCUGAUAAUGCUGCUCGUCAGUCCGUCGAGGGCUACGACAUAUGGUACGCCGAGAAUGACAUCGAGUCUUUCAUGUCCGAACGUAUGAAGCACAAGGAAGAACGCAAGAAGAUCAAGACUGAGGCUCUGUCCAAUGUCAAGACCAUCAAACAGGAGGUUCACUCACCCACGGUCACUCCUUCAUCAGCAUCCUACGACGACACCGCAUCGGUCUACCCUCACCCGUACGCUGCAUUUGCACCGAUGUAUAGCUGGGCAGCACACCCUUACCUCUACCCCAGACAGGACUCAGCAUUCGUCGAGGCAUACGAUCAAGAAGCCCCGAGUGAUGUCUCACUCAUUCCCCGAAAGCGCAAGAUCAAGGCUGAGGCACCCCACACUGGAGAGGAUGAUGAGCACGACGACGACGAUACUAGCAAGCUCAAGGGUAUUGUCUGGCCUGGCAUGGGUCUCUUUGAUGCAGCCACUCCAGAGUUGAAGAAGAAGCGUAACCAGAAGAAAGACAUUUCUGUCAGCGAUCGUCUUGCUACCAUGUCCGAAGGAAUUCAGAAAGAAGAGCUGAUCUUCAGCCCAUCUGGUAGCCUUUGCAAGAAAAGAGUCAUUUCUGGCCAACCACAAGCCGAGGACGAUCUGCUACCAGGCGAAGAGUUGCCUGUCCGCGCAGCCAAAGCCAAGAAGGCUCCCAGAAAGAAGCCUCUCGAAGGCAAGAAGCCUCGUGAUGACAAGAAUUCCUCGAAGGACAAAGACCCCAACGCCCUCAUGAAGCCCACUCUUCGCCUCAAGGGCAAGAAGAAAGCCGGUAAGCAGCCCACUGCUACCACUGAUGGCGAUGAGCAAGAAGAAAGCCGCCCUGAUGAGGAGGUGCCCCGCAAGACUAGAGUCAACAAGCGCAAGAAGGCACCCCUCGACAAAGCCGAAGAGGAGGAGGAAGGCGACACUCAGAUGGACAUGAACGAGGCUACACUCGAGCAGCCUGCUGUGAUCACACAGCUUACCUCUGGAUAUCAGCAGGCCCCCAUGUACGUCGCAGCAGCACCCAUGGGGUUCAGAGCAGCCGAACCUACCUACAUGAACAUGACGGGCCAGAGCUACUACCAGUUCCCGGCUGGACAAAACCAUUCAUUCUCGUACGACCCAUCUCCCUUGACGACCUGGGACUACUUCGGAUACGGCAUGGGAAGCAGCCUGACCAACCCUCUAUUCUCUGGCAUGUUCGGAGGCAGCUUUGGAGAUGAUGAUGACGACGACGAGGACAAUGAGGGUACCAUCUCGGCACCAAUCUCAGAGUCGUGA